AUGCGUACCGAAGCCUUCAAGCUCCUCGCGGCCCUUGCCGUUGCCUUCCCCACCGUGUCCGCCUGCGUCGGCAAGGACGCUCUCCCCUCCGCCACCGAGACCAUCAGCAACUCGAAGCCCAUCGAGGUCGCUGCCGGCGAGUCGUACGACGGAAAGCUGGCCCGCUUCGACCGUGGCGCCGGCGCCUGCAAGGCCCAGACCGAGGGCGGCCAGAAGGACGCCGUUUUCAUCCUGCGCAAGGGCGCCACCCUGAAGAACGCCAUCAUCGGAAAGGACCAGAUGGAGGGCGUCUACUGCCUCGGCGGUGGCUGCACCAUCGAAAACGUCUGGUUCGAGGACGUCUGUGAGGACGCCAUCUCCAUCAAGGAGGACGAGGCUGGCACCGAGACCCGUAUCAUCGGCGGUGGUGCGUACAAGGCUUCCGACAAGGUCGUCCAACACAACGGCUGCGGCAGCGUCAGCAUCUCCAACUUCUACGCCGAGGACUACGGCAAGGUCUACAGAGCUUGCGGUACGUGCGACGCUUGCAAGCGCACCGUCACCAUCGAGGGCGUCUCUGCCUACGGCGGCGGCGAGAUCGCUGGCAUCAACGAGGAGACGGGCGACGAGGCCACUCUCGUCAACAUCUGCACCGAUGCCAAGACCCCGUGCCAGCUCUACGACGGCCCAGGCACCAAGUCCGGUACUUGCUAA